AUGGAGGGAUCCGAGUCUGACGCCGAGCGAGAUCCCACUGAUAACGCCGAUGAGCCAGAAAACCUUUCCGAUGGAGAAGACCAUGUCGAGUAUGACGAAGUCGGCGACGAGGACGACCGAAAAGAAUUCGCAACUCUAGCCAACGAUGGUUCCGGCAAGGAAGAGGGUUCGCCGCAGAGCGUGGAGACGUACACAAAUGGUCGAGAGAGACGAGAAUGCUACAUGAAUGUCGUCCUAAAAAAACGGCAACUCAGUGCACACAGACCGGUGCUUUUGGCUUCGCGCAAGGACUGCCGAAAGAUGUACGUCGUGCUUUCGCUUCAAUUGCUUGAGCGUGGAGUCUUCUUUAGGAAAUGCUUAGAGCCAGAAUUCUGGGGUUUCCAACGCGAACUCGUUGCAGAGACCUUCAUGAAAUGGACCAGUUCGCACUUUUCCGAGGAGGCACAAGUCAGGAUGGAUGUCGAUGUAAAGACGCAUCGAUGUUGA